AUCGUGGUAUAUUUACAUUGGUAUCGCCUAUGACUGGACCAUCAUAUGAGACACUAGUAUCAUAUUCAAAUACGUUCCAGAUGCCUUUUAUACACCCGGGCUUUUCGCAGACCUCCCAUUUUCGGCCGGCACUGUAUGGCAUAUCAUUGAGACCCCGGUAUUUGCCGGCCAUUAUCGAUGUUAUCAAAUAUUAUGGUUGGAGAGGUAUCAUCUAUUUGUACGACUCAGAUGAAGGCCUACUAAAACUACAGCAUCUGUUUUCGUUGGUCGACACCAAUCGUACGCUAGAGCUUCGGGCAGUCAAACGGUUUAUUACGGUCGACGAGGCCAACAACUACCUGCGCGACAUUGAAUUUAACAAUACUUAUGAUAAAAAAUAUGUAAUCCUGGAGUGCGAUGCACUUACAGCCAAAUCUAUAAUCAUAAAUCAUGUCCGGGAUAUCUAUAUGGGCAAAAGGAACUUCCAUUUUUUGCUAACCUCACUGGUUAUGGAUGACUAUCUGAAUGAAAAAGUCUCGGAAUUUGGUGCCGUAAAUAUAACUGGGUUUCGUAUACUCAAACCGGCCACUCAAGAGUUUAGACAAUUUUUCAAUCAUUGGCGCAAACAGUCGGAUGGCAGACAACAACAACAACAGCAGCAGCGCCGGGAACCGCCUUAUGAUGAUAAUAGGAAGGUGCCAGCAAUCAUAUCAGCCGAUGCUGCCAUGAUGUAUGACGGUGCUAAAGUAUUGCUGGACACCUAUGAGCGCCUGUAUAGCCGACACGCGGACACGUUUCGCAGCAACUAUCGACGCGGGGAAAUGUAUAACAGUGGAUAUAAGGGUAUCGACUGUAGGACUGAGCCUAUUGUCAAAUGGGAACAUGGCGACAAUGUUGCCCGAUUUAUGCGAAAGACAAAUAUCAAUGGACUGACCGGUGUAUUAGAGUUCGAUGAACAGGGAUAUCGGCAAAACUUUUCGGUAGAUGUCGUCGAGAUGACCAUCAAUAGCGAAAUGGCAAAGAUAGCACAGUGGACUCAGGAGAAAGGCUUGACAAUAGUUCCGGCCAAAUAUCAUCGGGUAUUACAGGAAAAGACAAAAUUUGAUAACAAAACAUAUAUUGUGACAUCAAUUUUGGAGGAACCGUAUCUAAUGAUGAAAUCAGAGGAAACGGGCGAAACACUGAAAGGCAACGAUCGCUUUGAGGGCUACAGUAAAGAUUUAGCCGAUUUGAUUGCCAAUAAUUUGCAAAUCGGUUACGAACUUCGGUUGGUUAAAGAUGGAAAGUAUGGCAGUCUGGAUGUCAUCUCUCAUCACGGCUGGAACGGUAUGGUCGGCGAACUUAUCAGACAUGAAGCUGAUAUGGCUAUAGCACCGUUAACAAUUACCAGUGCCCGGGAACGGGUCAUCGAUUUUACCAAACCGUUUAUGUCAUUAGGUAUAUCCAUAAUGAUUAAGAAACCGGUAAAAAAGAACCCGGGUAUAUUUUCGUUUAUGAAUCCAUUGUCAAGCGAAAUAUGGAUGUGUGUUAUACUAUCAUAUGUCGGUGUAUCGGUUGUACUGUUUCUGGUUUCAAGAUUUUCACCGAAAGAGUGGCGCUAUGAGGACACCCUAAUGGGUCCACACGUUAGCAAUGAUUUCUCAUUUUAUAAUUCCCUAUGGUUUUCGUUGGGCGCCAUUAUGUCGCAGGGAUGUGAUGUCUGUCCUCGAUCAGUUCCGGGUCGUAUUGUUGGCAGUGUUUGGUGGUUUUUUACCCUGAUACUAUUAUCAUCAUAUACAGCUAAUUUGGCCGCUUUUCUAACAGUUGAACGUAUGGUUACCCCUAUUAAUUCGGCCGAUGAUUUGGCCAAACAAACAGAGGUCGAGUACGGUGUACUAAAACAUGGAUCAACUAUGGAUUUUUUUAGGAGAUCAAAAAUAGCUGUCCAUCAGAGAAUGUGGGAGUUUAUGAGUUCCAAACAAAAUGUUUUUGUCAAUUCAUCAAAGGAAGGCAUACGUAGGGUUCGGGAGUCAAAAGGAAAAUAUGCUUUCCUUAUAGAGAGCACUCAAAAUGAUUACGUGAAUGAAAGAUAUCCAUGUGACACUAUGAAAGUGGGACGCAAUCUAGAUGCAAAAGGUUAUGGUGUGGCCACACCAUUGGGUUCAUCGAUAAGGUAA